CGCCCCGAAUCCACGCCCGACGGCUACCACCCCGCCUCCCCGCGCCUCCUCCUCUCCCUCCUCGCCACCGCCUUCUUCCUCUCCAUGCCCGCCGUCGCCUCCCAGGCGCUCCAGCUCAUCCUGCGCACCGUCGGACCGUACACCGCCGUGCGCUACCUCAACUUCGCCGUCGGUCGUGGCGUCGGUGAGCCCGACGAGGGCGAGACGGGCGACGGUAUGGAGGCGGCGGUCGGCCUCGAGGAGAUUGCAGAACUAGUAGCGGAAGAGGCUAGCAGCGUAAAAGGAGGACGAAAGCAGGAGGGCGACCUCGUGCAGAAGAUGAACGAGCUCGACGUGACUGACGACUGCAAGAUCAAAAUCGAAGAAGCACCCACCUCAGCAGCCUCUCAAGAAUCCUCCUGCGGUCACCGCGAAACGAGCAUGGGCAUCCACAAAGAGGCGCCCCUCUCCAUCUUGUCCGACACGGACAGCGAGGACGCAGGGAUCGCCGCCCCGAGCCUCGUCUCCGCGCUCGAGCCGCGCUUGUACUACGGCGCGGUGUCGGACAAGGUCGGCGAGGCUGCCGCGUGCUGGCUUGCGCGCUGGGGCGUGGACGUCGUGCAGUAUGAGCUUGAGGUGGAGGAGAGUUGUGGUGCGGGCGCGGAGGUGGGGCGAGAGCAGAGCGUGCAUGUUAGGUGGGAUGCGGCGGACGCGGGACGCAGCGCGGCUGGGUCGAGGAAGCGCACGGCGACGGAGCCCGUGAGGAACGGUGCGGGCCCCAGUGAGAGCGCGUGGAAGAGCCAGAGUGCGAGUGCGAGGGAGAAGGAGCGGGAGAGGGCGAGGAGAUGGCGAUCUCGAGAGACGUCUCGUCGCCGACGGGGCGGCAUUGUGUACCGUUGCACGUGCCACAGUUCGCACACUGGAAUCAGAACGUCCUGCGGCACUGCAUAUUGACGCGUUCGUCCUCAUCGCCGCUUACGCGCCCUCGCUCCUCGCCGCGUCGGUCAAGCGCAACGCUUUCACGCGUGGCUCAACGCUUCCGCCCCUGCUCCUUGUUCCACACGUCGAUGCUCGCGCAGACUCUGACCCAACGAGCAAUGCACCCGAUCGAUGGCAUCACACGCGCGCGAGCAGCGUCCGAUGCGACCGUGCAUGCAAGCCUAUAGG